AUGCACUCUGCACUGGUGCGACUGCAGAAUGCCUUCGGCUUCUUCACAACCGUCGCCUUCACCGUCGCGGCCGUAAUCGCACUCAGCAGCUUCGUGUCCCCCCAGAGCCCGAAUGCCGCGAUGCAAGUGCGCAACGUGCAGGUCGUCAAGGGGCGGCCGCACUACUACAGCUACAAGAAGGAGGAAUAUGCGCACAUCAAGUUUGACCUGGACGCCGACUUGACUUCCCUCUUCAACUGGAACACAAAACAAGUCUUCCUGUACCUCAAAGCCGUGUACCCAGGCACGCGCUCCGAACCCUCCUCCGAAGCCAUAAUCUGGGACGCCAUCCUGGCCUCGUCCUCCGCGCCCUGGCACCAGAACCACUACAUCCACCCCACCACAGGCAAGAAGCUGCCCAAGAAGAGCAAGAAGGCACAACUCGCUGAGAAGUCCAACCCGGCGAGCCCAUACCCAAUCGGCGAGUUGCAUUUGCAGAGCCAGAGGCCCAAGUACCAGAUUACGGACAUCACGGGCAAGCUGCAGAACAGGGAGAAUGUGACGCUGGAGCUGGGCUGGAAUGUGCAGCCGUGGGUUGGUGCGCUGACGUGGACGAACUGGCAGACGCUGGGGGUGUGGAAGGGGCUUGAGGGCGGGAGGAGCGAUGUCUUCCAGUUCCCGGAAAUUGGGGCCAAGAAGGUCGAUAUGAAGGACCUGAAGACGGAAAAAGGCGCGGAGGGGUAUAGGUUGGAGGUUGGGGGGGAGCAGCCGAGGAGGAAGAGCCAGUAG